AUGGCCAGAUUCACCAUUGAGAUCGAGGUUUAUUCUGACCUCAUUUGCGCGUGGUGCUACAUCGGCAAGCGAGCCCUCGACAAGGCCAUCCACUUGUACAAGACAGAGCAUCCCGACGUCGAGUUCAGGCUGACAUGGAAACCCUACAUGCUGUGGCCCAACGCAGGCGUCUCGGCGUACCGAAAGUGGGCGAUACUAGAGCACAUCUUCGGCCCCCGCGCGCUCUCCAUCCGGAGUCGGAUCGACCAGCUGGGCGAGCGAUACGGCAUCAGCUUCAGGUGGGAGGGCAGGUCGGGCAACACGCGGGACGCCCACAAGCUGAUCCUGCUCGCGAUGGAGCGAGACGCCGCCGCCGCC